GCAUCUGGCAACACUGAGCUGUAGUGGAAAACUCAUGCACAAUAAAAUAUAAAGAAUUGAGGAUAUCCACAAUAAAACCGUUAUUCAUCGCCCAAAAACCCCUCUAGCAUGUGCAGGACACCUUUAAGCUUCUGAUCGUAACGGAAAAGAGCGGAACAGCGACGGCGAGAGCAAGAGCAGAGCAGUGCAAAAACUCAAAUUUACUUGUACUAUAGAUAGCACCAAGGAGAACCACAAAAGGCAAAACCAAAAUGGGAAAUGAAACAUCACUGCCCAUGGAAAUGUGUUCCAAUUUCGACGCGGAUGAGAUCCGGCGAUUGGGAAAACGCUUCCGGAAACUGGACCUGGACAACUCGGGAGCGCUGAGCGUUGACGAGUUUAUGUCGCUGCCGGAGCUGCAACAGAAUCCGCUGGUGCAGCGCGUGAUUGACAUUUUCGACGCCGAUGGUAACGGCGAGGUGGACUUCAAGGAGUUCAUUCAGGGCGUCUCACAGUUCAGCGUCAAGGGCGACAAGCUGUCGAAGCUUCGCUUCGCUUUCCGAAUCUAUGACAUGGACAAUGACGGCUACAUUUCCAACGGCGAACUGUUUCAGGUGUUAAAGAUGAUGGUGGGCAAUAAUCUGAAGGAAACCCAACUGCAGCAAAUUGUGGACAAGACGAUCGGAUUUGCGGACAAGGACGAAGAUGGGAAGAUCUCGUUCGAUGAGUUCUGCUCGGUGGUCGGCAACACGGACAUACACAAGAAGAUGGUUGUCGACGUCUAAAAUAGGUUAACCGCAGAUCCUUUUUAUACGCGAUUUUAUUUAUUCUUUUGUACAUGCGUCUGCAUCCUUCGAUUAUCACUACUAUUAUUAUGAUUACUAUUUUUUUGAUCAGCGAUUCUCUAGUUGAAUAUUGUUAUAAGAGCCGUUAGCGAGCCAGUUCGUCAGUCAGUCAGUCGCGAGAAAAAAUAUUGUUAUCCUAAGUUGAAAAGUGGAAUAAUGCGCCUCCUACUUACUUCUUAUAUACUUGCAUAUAUAGUCAUAAUUUAUUAUACAAAUAUACACUUAAUGAAUUCAAAACCCCUUCAAAUCAAAACUAAAACUAAAACGAUAAUACAGCAAUGCAAGUGAAGGCAAAAUAAAGCAACCCAAGUUGAA